AUGCCAAUAGGCCUUGUAUGGUGGGGAAACUGGAAAUACCAUGGCGCACUACCUCGGCUGGAAAGCUCAUCAUUCUGGGGAUCUUGCAAUUACCCUUUCCAAGCACCCAUUAUUCUUCGCCACUGGCCGAGCUCACAGGCUAUUUGCCGAUGGAAGGUUCAACCACGUACGAAUAACUCCUCUAAUUUUAUUAAUAUCUCAAACGCUAAUUCUGAAUUUAAAAAGGCCGUCUGCGCGAUACGUAUUCGAAGAGCCUGUGCCCUCAGCAACACCGAUUGGAUGACAAUUCCUUGGAUUCAUCACCCAAAGACACCCAAAGAUCUGCUCAUAGAUAUUGCCGUGGAGCUUCCUGGUCUUUGUGAGGGCAUCGAUGGUCUGACAUUGCUGGGAAAUUCCGCCGCUGCAUCGAAGUUGAGGACUUUGCUUCGCAGCAGAGCUUUCGAAAUAAUCGCAAAAAUAGCUAUUUGGGAAGCAACACUAUCCAAGCCCACGAUCUUGCUAGAUCCGGACGAGCCACUACCAGAGACUAUCUCGAGCCAAGAACUUGCAAAUAGUCACCUUAUGACUUUUUUCUGGGGUAUCAGUCUUAACGUCUACGGCCAAAUUCUCCCGAUUCUGGACGAAGCUACCGAGGCCUCUCAACUCAAUCCAGAUGCGUGUUGCCGUAAUAUCAUUCGGUCUCUACCCUUGCUUCUCCAUCCUUCAGUUGGGACAUUUCGCCAGCAUCUCGUUCCUUUCCCGGUGAUAGCCUGUUGCGCAUACUUAGCAGCUUGUAAAUCACCUUCUAUGCAGCCGGAGCGAAAACUUCUUGUCUCAUUUUUCCAGAGACGAGAGUUUGCAGCGAUGCGGCCAUUUAUGUCGAGUAUGAACUCACAAAUCUCAUUGUUCACUAAUACAACCUAA